ACAGUUUGUACAGAGAUCAGAAAAAUGCCUGUAGACGUACCUGACAAAGAAGUGCAAGCCAUCUAUGAUUUGGCUUUGGAAGUUGCCAGGAAAGCUGGAGUUCUCAUAAGAGAGGCUUUUGUCAAAGAGAAGUCAGUUGAAACCAAAGACAGUGAAGCUGACCUGGUGACAGAAACAGACCAAGCUGUUGAGAAAUUUGUGCAUGACAUGAUUAAGGCGAAAUACCCAGACCAUAAGUUUAUCGGAGAGGAAACCUUUGCAGAGACAGGACAAAAGUGUGAGCUCACAGACGAGCCAACGUGGAUCAUCGACCCUAUUGAUGGAACCACCAACUUUGUGCACAGAGUUCAAGAGGUGUCAUUCUCCCUGGGUGUUACCAUCAAUAAGAAGCCUGUGAUAGGUAUAGUGUAUGCACCGGUCAAGGAGGAAAUGUUCACCGCUCGCCUGGGACAGGGGGCCUUCUGCAAUGACCAGCGGCUCAAAGCUAACUCUAUCACAGAGUUGAAAAAGUCCCUGGGCAUUGUAGAGGGAGGCAGUGCUAGAGACCCAGCUGUGGUUCAGGACAAGAUAACGAAUAUACAUUCCAUCCUGAAGAAUUGCCAUGGGUUCCGAGCGUACGGAUCAUGUGCUAUUAACUUAUGCCACGUAGCAGCUGGUCGCGGAGACUUCUAUGUGGAGUACGGGGUGCACAUUUGGGACUUUAUAGCCGGCGUGUUGAUAGCUCAAGAAGCUGGGGCUUCUGUGUGCGAUCCUGAGGGUGGUGAACUCAGUCUUCUGCGGCGUCGGUUGCUGUGCGCAUGUACUCCAGAGCUCAUAGUUCAAAUCCCUCCCAUCCUUACACACCUGGACAUGGGCUCUGACUAGUUCGUCCAUGUCGUAAGAAUAUUAUCUUUAGUGUUUUCGUGGUACGAGGGAGAAUUAACCUAUUAUUUAAAGGAGUAUAUAACAUGUGCCUGGUGCUAUAGGUUCUUAAUGAAGUUUUCACUUCAUUUACCAUUAAAGUCAUUUGAUUUUUACAUUUUUGGUGUUUAUUUCUGUCCAGAUAGUUUAUAAUCAAGAACUUUUUUUUUAUAUAGUUGUUUACUUUCUCUUGCCCCUCUUUCAAAGUCGGUCACAUUACAGGCAUUGAAUGGAAUGAGUAGGGAGUUGACCAAAGUGUGUAGGACUGCUUUUUGACCUUACAAGAAAUUUUGUCUUGUAUCAUAUUUUGCUUUGUUAAUGCCCUCAAAAUGUACAUAUAUACAUCUGGAGGAUUGUUUAGUAUUAUGUCUACAGAUAGGACAGAAUUGAUGUCAUCAUUUAUAUUCAAGACAUGAAAAUAUUUUAAAACCUCUGCAUAUGUGAACACCUGAGUUGAAAAAAGUUUCCUCAGCUCACUGGUAUUUCUACUUUGUAGAAAACAUGAGACAGUAAAUCAGGAGGAGGUCCAUAGAUUAUUUUGAAUUGUGUAGAAUUAGACAUCAACAGCAAUGUUUUUUUAAUGCUUGAAAUAGGUCAAGUAUACUAAUUUGCGUCUUUGAUUUACUUUCUUUAUUUAUGAUUUUUUGUGUUUAAUGAAAUUGGUUAUUAGACUGCAUAAGAUGAAAACUUUCUGCCAUACACUAGACUUUGAAAAAAACCUAGAGAAUUGAGAGCAUGAAUAUAUAAAUCUGAAUGAACUGAAUGUUUGCCUGCUUUCAAAGCAUGAGUAUACAUAUCGAGGCUCAACAAAUUACUUUUUUUUAAAUGAGAUAUAUGAAACCCCUCAUGAUUAGUGCUAUCUUAUUUUAUGAUAAUAAUAAUAAUAGAUUAUAGGUAGCUUUUGCCAUACCCAAAUUCCCCCUCAACAAGUCUAUGCUCUUUACAAUCUACAUUACCUCAGCAGACUUGAUGGCAUUCUGAAGCAAUCUCAACUUCCUGGAUGGCAAACAUUUCAGAACACUGUUCCAGCCCUGAGCGUUGCUUGUGCAGAGUUUGCACUCUAUUUAUUGCAUUUCUUUCCCUUAACUCUUUUUUUCCAUGGGGAGUAAACCCACUAUGGCGGGCCCCUUCUUUGGUACUAAAUCUGAAAACGACAAAAAUGUCAUGAAAUGGGUCAUUAAAUCAAAACAAGUCAACCUAUUUUGAUAGUUCCUCAUCUAAUGAAUGGACUCUCGAUAAAAGAGACCUGUUUUCGGCAUUUGCCGAAAAGUAAUUUGAUGUCGAAGUUGUCUCAAAGGAAUGUGCCUGAGCCACUGUCAGCAGCUCACCGGCGCAACAGUUCCGACCUGGAGCUGCUGAGAGCUUUUUCAUGAGAUUAUAGAGUUAAUGAUUUACUUUGUAUGCAACACUUUAUAAAAAGAUCCUUGAGAAGUACUUGGGGAAAUAGUAUUUCUGGGCAAACCCACACCUGAUUUGAAAUUACAAAUAUUUAUUGAAGAUAUUUUUGUCAUAGUGCUUUUUUAAAUACUGGCUGAAGGUGUUUGAAAUGUUCUGUACUUUUAUUGAGUAUGUAUAUGAGUAUUGUGUAAGUGUUUUUUUUCCAAUGUGGCAUGCAUUUCUAAUUCUUUACAAUGGGAUCUCUUGUUCUGUCAUGAGAAUGAAUUUUGUCCCUCUGAAUGUGUCGGGAUUGUUUUGUUUUAAUUUUUGUUUUUUAGUUCCAGUGGCAAGACACUUUUGAAGCAAGGGUAACUGUAAAUGAAGUCGAGAAUUUUUAAUGCCACUGAUCUGCCAAGUAGGCUACUCUGAUAAUGUUGGAGCUCCUCGAUUUUUUUUUGUCUGUUGAAGAACCCGAAUUGUAUCUGCUUUCCAAUGGUGGUAGGCGACUUACUGCUAAUGACAUGAAAAUACAAUGAUUUAUUUGCAAUAUUUGCGCGACUUAUAUCUUAAAUCACUUGAAAAUUAACAUUUUUAUUUGCAUUUGUUUACGAUACACAUUUAUUUUCCUUUAUCAGUUCGUUGCAUAAUAUUCUUAAGCUUCUUUUAUCUGGUUUCAUCUGAAGAAACAAAUUUUUUGUUAAUGAGGAUCCUGGGGGAAACUUUUAUUUUUAGCCAUGGAGUAGUGGGUAGACCUGUUACAAAUGUGAGUAGCAGGUUUUUUUCACAGGUCUUCUUUUUGACGAAUGACCCAGUGUGAUGCUUAGAUGAUAAUUCAAAUGAUUAACUCCUUCGGGACGCAUCGGACGUACAUCCGAUAGCAUUUCUCAACCGCUGUGGCCGCACAAAUGAAGGUAUUCCAAGUAACAAACUUUUGUUUGACAUUGCUAAGUCAUAUUUUAUUUUGUGUUUAUUUUCUCUUGAACUUGAACGUACAGCGUCGGUUUUUGUAAUUUUCUGUGGCGAUUUAUGAGGGCAUUCGAGGCAACAAAGAACACGGAUCUUCGAGGAGUACCAUAUAAAGAAGGACUAUUCAUAGUAACUGGAACUAUUUCUUCACAGUAUUUGGACUGUAAAUUGUGUUGUGAUUUGUUUUUAGCUGCAUUAUAGUUGUGUUGUAACUUUAUCUUGUUUAUUUCUGCAUUUUUUCACAGUCAACUUAGAGGGAAAAAAAACAGUUUUGUUUUGUUUGAUGCACCAUUUUUGUAGGGGUCCUGGCAAGUUUAGGAAUAUAUCCAGGCAAAUUGGGUUAGAUCUAAAGCAAAGUCUAAAUGUUGAAUGUGUAGAUAGUAAAAACAGACUUUAAAAAUGUCGAAAAGGAAAAAAAUGGCAGACUUUCAAAGUUGACCCAAAAUUGUGCGUCUCUGGGUGCAAAGCUGGUCCUAAACCUGCGUCCCGAAUGAAUUAAGGGAACUUAUGCUGUUCUAUACUUUACCCUUGUCACAGACCUCAAAUUAUUGGAUUUCAAAUCAUAUGAAUAUAGUCUUCAAGUGCUGGUUCUGAAAGAAACAUCAGCAAUCAUGGAUUGCCAUUCCUCUUCACUGAGAGGCUCUAAAAAAUCUUUAAUAUCUUGGCAUUUUCCUGUCAGCUAUUUUUUCUAGUUUUUCGAGUUCAAGUUCUGUAAGUAAGAAGAGUAAGAUAUACAACUAAAAUAAAGCCGUCCAAUCUUU